AUGAACGGAACCACCACCUCGCCGGCCGAGCUGAGACACAUCACCUCCGCCACCAACCUCGCAAGCCCAUCGCGCGAGCGCAAGCUUUCGACUCGCAACUCGCAACAUCUCCGCACUCAUCGUCUGGGCUCCCGCUCGCCGGCGUCCAUCCCCUCCUCUCCGACAUCAGUUCACUCCUCCUCUUCAGCGAUCUUCGAGCGUGAUAUCGAGCCCAUCGCUUCGCCGCUGUCCCACACGUCUGACCCGCACCACAUCCCUCGCGCGAAGUUCACCGAGGAAAUUGAGCGCGCAGUUCCCUCCGUGCUCGACAGCGCUGCCGCGGUACUCACAUCAACAAAUCCGGACGACGACGAUCUGGAUGCAAUUUCAAUCGUCACCCCCGCCCCAAUCGAUCCUGGCUACCAGAGCGGAUUCACAAGUCCAAUAUCGCGACUGAGCAGCCGGAGCCCUAGCCCGACGGGGAAUAGGCGGAGCCUACUCUUCAGCAAUUCGCUCCCGGGUUCUCCCCCAAAACCUCCGCAAGGGACGUCUCCAAUUCGUCCCACCAUCCAGACGAGCCCCUCGCCUCCGGGGCGCACAUCGACGCUCCCAACAACAGUGACGCCGACGCCAACGUCCGCCUACUUCUCUGCAGCGUCAGAUGCCGAUUCCAAUUCGAAUGCUUCUUCCCCGACCACCGCAACGCACACCGAGCAUCCUCUGCACAGUCUCCCGUCCCAGCCCCAUCAGCCACAACAGCUGACGUCAAUAACCGUACCCGCCCCAUUCCCAUCGCACCCUCCGUCACCCAAGAAUGUCACAAAACGCUUGUCCUUCAUCUCGUACGCAGACCUCCUCUCCUCGACUCCGGCCUCGGCGAUUCCUCUAUCCAGCCUCACAUCCUCCGCGGUCGUGUCGGAGCCGCCGCCCCACAUUCCGAGCGUCAUUGGAGUUCCCCAGGCCCAGUAUGCGGCCAGCUCGAGCGGUAGCAUCCACGCGGCGCCGACGUUCGUGCUCGAACGUGAUGCGGCCAUGGGCGUGGUCGAUGACGUCGGCGGUGAAUGGGAGCGCGAAGGCCUCGGCAAGGGCCUGGAGGAGCGGUUGGAAGCGCUCAACGCCGUACCUUCCAGAGCAUAG